AUGGCCCAGCGGUACAUGAUCCCCUGGCUCUAUGACCUGGGUAUUUGGAUCUUUACGCUAUGCCUGGAUAUUUUCUUUCGCGAGGUUUACUCGCGCGGUGCCUGGCGCAUCCCUAAGCGAGGCCCCGUUAUAAUUGUCGCCGCUCCUCAUGCUAACCAAUUCGUCGACUCCAUCUUGUUGAUGCGCAUCCUGAAGCAUCAUGCCGAUCGUCGUACGUCGUUUCUCAUCGCGGAGAAGUCCAUGCGCGAGCCUUAUAUCGGCACCAUGGCGGGCUGCAUGGGUGCUUUGCCCGUCGUGCGCGCCAUGGACAACGUGAAGCCCGGGUCCGGGACCGUCUACUUGCCCGACCCGGAGGGUGAUCCUACCUUGCUGCGUGGUCGCGACACCGAUUUCACCACUGAUCAGUUCAUGGAGGGCGGCGGGAUCAUCUUGCCUCGCGUUGGCAAGACCAGCCCGGAGCAGCAGGCUAUUGCCGAGAUCUUGGGCCCUCAUGAGUUGCGGUUGCGCAAGCCUUUCAAAGAAUUUGCACCGGACCAUCCCUUGUACAAGGGGCUGCGGGAGGGCACCUCCUUCAAGGUGGCGCCCCACAUCGACCAGAGCAAGAUGUUCGACGCCGUCUACAAGGAACUCUGCGCCGGAGGCUGUAUCGGCAUCUUCCCCGAGGGUGGCAGUCACGAUCGCCCCAAUUUGCUCCCCUUGAAAGCCGGCGCGGCGAUUAUCGCGCUGGGGGCGCUGGCUCGAGAACCCGACUGUGGCCUGUCGAUCAUUCCCUGCGGCAUGAAUUAUUUCCAUCCUAACAAGUUCCGCUCUCGCGCCGUCGUCGAAUUUGGCAACCCCGUACAGGUGCACCCCGACCAGAUUGAGGCGUUCAAGGCCGGUGGCAACUCCAAGCGCAAUGCCGUGGGAUCGCUGCUGGAGACCAUCCAGGAAGCCCUGACGGCCGUGACGCAACAGGCCCCCGACCACGAGACUCUCGCCCUGAUCCAAGCCACUCGACGACUAUAUAAGCCGCUGCGCAUGAAGCUCCCUUUGCCUUUGGUCAUCGAAUUGAACCGGCGGCUCCUCAAGGGCUACACGCAGUUCAAGGACGAACGCAAGGUGGUCCAGCUGAAAAAGGCCGUCACCGACUACAACCGACGACUGCGCGCGCUGGGCAUCCGGGACCACCAGGUCGAAUGGGGUGAUGUGCAGCACCGGCCCUGGUGGUUGGUCCUGGGCACACUGCUGUAUCGCAUCGGCGAACUGUUGACCGUCGCCGUGGGCACGUUGCCGUCCGUCGCGCUCUUCUGGCCCGUGUUUGUGACGACAAAAAUCAUCUCCGUCAAGAAGCAACGGAAGGCCUUGGCCGGUUCCGUUGUUAAACUCGAGGGCCGCGACGUGGUUGGCACAUGGAAGAUCCUCGUCGCCAUGGGAUUGGCGCCCACCCUGUACACCUGGUAUACCGCGCUGGGGACGAUCUGGCUGUCGUACUGCCGCAAAGGCGGAUAUUACGCGACGACCGCGCCCUGGUGGGUCAAUGCUGUCACCUAUGUGCCUGACUGGAUCCCCUUGUCGGUUUUCGCCGUCUUCUUCUUUGGCCUGAUGAUCUCGGUCUCCUUCGCCGGUCUGCGAAUCGGCGAGAUCGGUAUCGACGUGCUGAAAUCCCUGCCGCCGCUCUUGGUGGCCCUGAGUCCACGGUCCCAUAACUCUCUGGCCCAGUUACGCGCCCAGCGUCAGGAACUGUCUGCGCGCGUGGUGGACACGAUCGAUACCUUCGCCCCCGAAAUCUUCCCCGACUUCGAGGCGGAGAAGCUGGUCCCACACGGCCACCCUCAAGACGACGGCGCGUACCGGUCCCAUCUGAAGAGUAUGCCGCCCAGCGAACCCGAAAGUCGCAGCCGCAGUCGUCCCGGCAGCGGUCACAGCCGAUCCCAAAGUGGCAGCUACCACCUCCAGGAGACCCUCCUCAAGCCCUUGACAAUUGGGUCCAAAGAGGACCUGGGCGAGGUCAAUCGUCGCAUCCGCGAUUCCAUGCAAGAGCGUGGUCGUGCCCGCGUCAAGGCCGAGUACGACCCGGAUGAGGAUGCGGUAGUGGUGGACGGCGCGUCCAGCGGAGGAAACACGACCGAUGGCGAGGAGAAGAAAACACGGUAA